UCUUUUCGUAUUCAGUGAAAAAAUGGUAGACAUCAAAAUGAUGGAGGCUCCUUGGCAGGCAGCGAAAGCAACAGGCUAAACAUGGGAGAUUCAUUAGAAAAAGUCGGAUUUAUCCACAUUUAUGUUUACAAAUGUAGGAAGAUGUUAUAAAGGCGUGUAAAGAUAAUGGCCCAGGUGUUGAUCCACAUUUCUUUAAUAUAUUAUGUGUUGUGUUUCGGAUGUUCCUUAGGUUUAGAAAUUUAUUUUAAUGACCCAAAUGAUGGAUAUUUCCUGAAACCUGUUUAUCACAAAAAACAGUUGUGGGACCCCUUGACUCGUAGGGAAGAUUUCAUAGUGACACAGCCAUCAGAGGAAUAUGUGUUAGGGGUGAGAAGUGGUUCCUAUGAAAAAGAACAAGUGAUUCCUCAGGACAUAUCUUCCAUCUAUCCAAACCUUGACCAUGUAGACAAACCAAUAUACCAUGGCACAGUGUUUGGAAGGGAUGUUUCAGCAAAGGUGGUCACAGACAACUUAUCUCUGAAGUAUCCCAGGCUUCAGGUCCUAAUUCAUAGCAGUCCCCACAAAAAAAAUAAGGAGGAAAGGAGACCCUCAGAAACUGGAGCCACAGAUUCAUCCUCUAUUGUUGAUGAUGGACUUUGUGGUCAUGUGUUCGUGCAACAUGACAAAGAGGAGCUCUCCUCCAUUUGUGUCCUAGGGCCGGGGGAUAGUGCUUGUGUCAAUGGCAUAACCUUGCCUUCAGCAUGGUGGCAGGAUCAUUUAACAGUGCGGGUGUACUAUGCAUUUUCACAGAAGGGAGAAAACCAAGAGUGUGCGAGUGCAUCCAACUCUAUUGUGCCGGGGCGACUGUUUGAGAAGUCUGUUCUCAGUAGUAGAAGGUUUCUAGCUAACAUUGUGUUGUCUGAAAAUAUGAAAGAGUUUCAAAGAGAGAGGGAGGAGGACAUAUUGAUUGAUGUUCCAACCAAUGCAUUUGAUCCUGGCACAGUUUUUGAAGUCCCAAUAAAAUUUGAUGCAGGGUCUGACAUGAGAAAUCUUGUAAUGAGUGCUCGGGUGAGGCAGGGUUUAAUGAUUAUUGGAGCUGAAGCGGACCGAGACGGCCCAUGGCUGGUCCAUGUGGACAUAGACAAGAAUAGCAAAGCAGCCACUGUAAUGGCCUAUCUCAAAGACCCACAGAACUACAAAAUAUCCAGUCUAGUUCAGGAUGUUUUUGCCUGGCGGUUACAAGUGGAGCCAUCAAUUAGUAAUGUGGAAUCUGGGAGAGUGGUAUGGAGUAUCAAGUAUGACAAGGAUGGCAGGGGAGAGAAAUACUUUUCUUCAGAAAGCCAAGUGGUGUCGAAGAUUAAUCUCAGGAGCAAAGGAAACGAAAAACUAGUUACCAUUGUAAAGGUGGAGGAAAUCUUGAACUUUGCGAUGUUGACAGGUGUGACACAGACCUAUCCUCUGCGUGUGUACCUGGUGAGGGACACGGAUACGUUGAUGGAUGCUACUGGACAUGCUGCUUGUCACUCAAAGGAGACAGAUGUACUCAAGGUGAGACCUGAUUGUUCAUACGUUUAUGUGAAUGGUUCGGAGAGUCGUGGAUCUCACAAUGUGACUAUUAUCACCAAGUCAGGCCAGCACACUGCCUUCACCACGGUCAGAGUCUGGAUCCCCAUGAAUCCUCUAGAUAUCCAAAUCUCAGAUGCUAAACUUAGCAGGAUUCGGUCUUGGAAAGUGGGAUCAUUCAAGAACAAAAGAAGAUCAAGAAACAAGAGGGUUGUAGAUCUGGGGAUGCUGACUCACCCAAGCAUUCUGUUGAGCAAAAAAUACAAGAAUCACUAUGGAAAGAGCUGUUCGUUACGUUUCCAACAAUCCCUGGUAGAUGUGUAUGUCAAAUUUUAUAUAGCAACUUCAGCUGGCUAUGACUACUUCAUCAACAGACAGGCUGCCUUGAAAAUAACUCAUCUUCUGAAGAAUCAGAUGAGGGUUGCUGAUCCCAGAAUUGUCAGUCUUGAGGACAGCAUUCUUCAGGGGCAGAGUCCAGGCCUCACAGAGGUUCAGGUAACCACUACUAAUGGCAGAGUUUUGGCGGCUAGGAUUAUUCGUGUUGGAAAUGAUAAAGUAGAGAUAGCAAGGGUCAUUGUCAACCUUGUGACAGGGAUUAGUUUGGAUGUCUACCCAUCCCAAGAUAUCCCUGGGGCCUGGUCAGCAAAGGGACACAUAUACAGCAAGUUCCAGAGCAAGUGGCAGAGUGGGAUAUUGGAUGUACACAUUGAGUACAGUGAUGGUACCCGAUUCCCACUGGACAAAGUUUCAGAUGCAGACUUCUACUUGGAUAUGGAAAACAGAAAUCAAGUUCUUAUCAAAGUUGUUGGAAAUUUGGUCAGUAACCUGUCGGAUAUCAAAGUGUAUGCCGUGUCAGAGGGCAGAGCAGAGUCCAUCAAAGCUUCACUGAAACAAGGAAGAAGUUGUCCAAAGAAGAAGAUACCAACCCUCUCCACAGGAUAUGUGAUAACUGAGGCUGAUUUUUCACAGGUGAACCAGGUGCAGAGUGAUCGUUUGUUUAGUGAUGGUCAUUAUGGUGACAACAGAGCCAGCGACAGAUAUGACAAUGUUUACAUGCCAAAGAAACCUCAAGAUCUAGAUAAACUUGUCAAACAACAGCAAAGUCACAAGGGUCAAGAUGUCAAGAAUAAAAAACUCUCACAAGCGAAUCCUUCUCAAACAUUGGUUGUUUUGAAUGACCUGGAAAAAGACCUUGCCAAAAAUAACCCUCAGAUUCAGGAUUAUGUCAGUUUGAAUUCACAAACAAUGAAGGAACCAUUACAAAGUCCCAAUGAUUCUAAAUUAUCUCCCUUGGAAAUUGGAAUGUAUGUGCUUAUUGCUGUUUUCUGUGUUGGAAUUUCUGUAUUCCUCAUCAAUUGCAUUGUUUUCAUGGUGAGACAUAAAAAGAAGAGAAAAGUCCACAAGAGAAGUCACAAAGAGCCCGUUUACCAAGCCAAAGAUUGGGUCUGGAUCGGUAGAGCUACUCUAGAGCGCAGCUCCGUAAAAACAGAAUGCUCGCAGUCCCUCAUGCCAGCGGAAGACUUUAAUGGAAACCAUACAAGUCAUCUACGCUCCACAUCCAGUCAGAGCAGGUCCUCCUCCAGUCGAGGAAAUAGUGCCAACAGCAGUAAUCGCAACAGCUUUGUAUCCACAAUCAAAGGGUCGGAGUGCAGCAUCCGCAUCACAGCAAACCCUCUGUCUGAGGACACCAACAGUAACAGCAACCGAAACAGUGAGACCGCCAGCCAGUCCUCACCCACGGUCCCCGAGGAGAAGUGGGACUACGAGGCCAUGGGACUCUCCCUGGAUCAGCUGGCUGACUAUUUUGACAAUCUGAAGGAGUCCUCAGCCUAGGGUGUUGUGUUUUAGUCUUGUGCUACCUGUUUAUUUAUAACUUUUACAUAUGUGAUAUUCAUUUUUAUUUUUAAAAAAGCCCCAACUUACAUUGGCAUUGAUAUGAUUUUAUAUCAUUUCUUUUAAUGGUUUAUUGUUUCUAUUGAUAUAUUCUUGUUUAAUAUGUUUAUAUACAUUUAUAUUGUUUUUGUUCAUGAUUUAUCCCACCAGCUAUUUACAUUUAUAGUGUCAUUGUUUUAGAGUUUGUUUACAGACCUAACAGUACAAAAUAUCAAAAGGAGGCAUUUUCUCAGUGUAUCCUAUGUAUACAUAUACUAAAGGGUUCGAUAUUUUCUCUUGCAGUAUACUUGCCAUAGCUGAUAAUUUGAAUUUUCUUUGCAAAAAUUUGAAUAAGUAUUUACUAGCAACAAAAUAACAUUACAUUCUUUAGAGGUUUUGAUAUUGCCAAAUGUGCAUUUGAUUAUCCUGCUAAAAAUUGGGCAUUUCAAUUCAAACAUAUACAAAUAUCAUCAGCAACAAGUUUUAGAAUUACUAGUAAUGAAGCUACAUGUUCAUAAAUUUGUUGAUUAGAUUUUUAAAUCCUUUAUUUAUCCAGGUCGCAUGUAUACCAAUUAUAGCAAUGUAUUGUGUUCAGCUAGAAUCUCUGUGUACAAUAGACAUUUGAUGUCACAUUACAGUAAGACUGGUUCAGUAGUAUUAGUAGUUUGUUUCAGAUGGUGCAUUUUUUCUUGUACUUCUUUGCCUUACUUUAUGUGCUAUGUGUCACAGAGUACAAUAUUAAAGUUAUUUCAUUUCUAGAGUUUCUUUGUAGUAAUAUCUGAUAUCUUAAGAAAUUUUUGAUUUCUACUGCUUAUCGAAUGAACUUGGAGUCAUAUAUAUUUGGACUAGUAUUUCAGAACUUUAUAAUCUUUUAGGAAUAUUUUGUUGGUGCUCCUGUAGAAUUAUAGCUUGAAUCUCAAUGUUUUUGAUGAAAGAAUUAAGAUAUUGUUACAAAUAGGUUCAAUUACGUAAACUAUGAAAUAUCCAUUCAAAAGGUGCAUUAAAAAUAAUUCUAUGUAUAUACAUGUAUGAUUAUUUUUUCAGGUUGGUAAUUUGUCCAUUUUCUCCUUUUCUUUAUUUGAGACAAUGUUUCUGAUUUCACUGUGAUAGAUAUAAUUAUCUUUCUCCAGCUUGCCGUUAAGUAUACCAAAUAAUCGAUGUUGUGAAAUUUUACCAAAGCUUUAUAAAUGUUUGUUAGUCUCAUCAAACAGUAUGUUGGGUACAUAAUGGUACAUGUACUUACUUCAUUUGCAAAAAUUAGAAUUGGUUGUUAAUUUUCUAUAACUGUGGAUUGAUUUAUGAUUAAAUUAUUACACACAGAA